AUCCGUAGACCCGAGACACCCGACCCGACCUCGCCGCAUCCUCGACCGGACCGGGUUAACGCAUCCUCCUCCCCACUUCGACGGCGCGCCGGCGGCGAUGGCGUCGCGGAAGCUCGUCCUCGGCCUCACGGCGGCAAGGCGGUUGAGGUCUCGCGCUCCCGUCCUCGUCUCGUCCUCUCCCUUCCUGGAAGCCUCCACAUCGACUUCUGACGCCACCGCCGCCACCGCGACGCGGGGUUCGGGGUUGGGGCCGUGGGGGCUGUUCCUAUCUUCGAGGGCCCUCUCGUCGACUCGUCCGGUGUCUCUGUCCGCCGGUGAUGCGCCUGGCUCGUCCGCUGCGGACCACAGGUCGAUACUACCAGAGGAUGAGUAUCACAAAUUAGCAGAUGAGACAAUACAUGACCUGCUUGAAAAACUUGAGGAAUAUGGUGACUCUCUUCAGAUGGAUGGCUUUGACAUAGACUAUGGGAAUCAAGUUCUAACACUAAGGUUAGGAGAGUUGGGGACAUAUGUUGUAAACAAGCAAGCACCAAACAGACAAAUUUGGCUAUCUUCACCUGUGAGUGGGCCUUCUAGGUUCGAUUGGGAUGCACCAACAAAUUGUUGGAUAUACAGGCGGACAGGAGCUAAUCUUGUUGAACUUCUGGAGAAAGAGAUUGGUGAGCUCUGUGGUACCCCAGUAGAACUUUCAUAACAAUGAAGGGAAAAUACCACGGAACUAAGUUGGAUGGUGCAUAUGACAAAUGUGUCAAUGUAUGUUAAAUCAGGUGACGCUUGGUAUGGUUAGUUCUUUUGAUGGAACCAAAAUUUUGUUGUACUAGACACGUCCGAUCACUGCUUGGAAGUUGGAAUAAAUACCUGUCCUCAAUAACCAGCACACAAUAUAUACCUUAGUUCUGAAUAA